GUCACAGCUUGACAACCAUUGGAAAUUUUUGUUUGUGUAUCAAUUAGGGUUAGAAUUAGAAGUUUAUGGAAUUAUGGUUUAUUUUAAAUUAUGAUAAUGGAAAGGAAAAUAAAACUAAAAACUCUCAACAGUCAUAUAACGUGUAAAAUAUGUAGAGGGUAUCUAAUUGAUGCGACAACUGUUACAGAAUGUUUGCAUACAUUUUGCAAGAGCUGUUUAGUUAAACAUUUAGAAGAAAACAAUACCUGCCCAACAUGCAAUAUAGUUAUACAUCAAUCUCAUCCUUUGCAAUAUAUUAGUUUUGAUAGAACUAUGCAAGAUAUUGUUUAUAAAUUGGUUCCAGACUUACAAAAAGACGAGAUAAAUCGCGAGAAAGAGUUCUACAGGCAACGUGGGCUGCCUAAUCCUAAAGACAUACCGCUGACGAAUGGCGAGAUCCACGGGGACGAUAACCACACGGACGCUGCCCACGCCGAGAGCGACUACCAUAGGCAAGACGAGCAAGUGAACGUGUGUCUGGAAUGUAUUAGUUCAAAUUUAAAAACGUUAAAGAGGCGAUUCAUCAGGUGCUCCGCCCAAGCGACCAUCUUACAUCUGAAAAAAUUCGUUGCGAAAAAGGUCUUGAACGGAAUGGAGAAGUAUCGGGAUAUCGAUAUUCUGUGUAAUGACGAGCUAUUGGGGAAGGAUCAUACCUUGAAGUUCGUGUACGUGACGAGAUGGCGUUUUCAGAAUCCUCCUUUAACUUUACAAUAUAGACCAAGGAUUGAUAUAUAGAUUUUUGUUACUUAUUCUGAGCAAUUACUCAAAAAUCUAAUCAUUUUGUAAAGUAAUUUAAACUGAGAGUUGCUCAUUGUUAUUUAUUUUAAUUUAGUAUUUUUUUUUUAUUUGAAAAGUGUACUGUGUUUUAAAAUAGAAUUAUAUUGUACCGGGUUAGCAGUCAGGAGUCCCUUCUUUUUUCAAUUGGAAUAUUAGAAUAUACAGUAUGUUAAACAUAGUGUGACAGAGAUUAUUGGGUAAUAUAUGGCAUAAAAUGUAGAAUAUUUCUGCAUAUUUUAUGCUACACUUUAUCCUUCGAGAUUUGUGGCAAUUUUCAGCACCCUGUAUAUUUGGUUGACAUUUUGAAGGAACAUUCUUUGUGAAUUAUUGUACUUAUUCUACUCUAAAUACUAUUCCAGAAUUUGUAAUCGAAGCAAUUGAUUCAAUUUGAUUUUAUUUUGGAUAUACGCAGUACUUAAUAAUUAGGCUAUAAAAUAAUCCCAAAUUUCAUUUAACUUUUCUACGAAGAUUGUUUCUUGCAAACUGGCGACAUUCAAGACGAAUAUUUCUGUUGGAAAUAGUAUUGUAAAUAAUUUAAUAUAACGAUAUCACCUCCUGAUUGGGCACCAUUUAUUUUUGUAUAGGUAAAAGCGACUGUAUUGUGAUUAAUUUUGGAAUUAUAAUUUUCAAUCGACAAUGGAAUUGUGUAUACAGUGUAUUACUAAUCAUAUUUAGCUGUUAAUUAGUAUAAUAAUUUAAUGCGUGAAGCGACAAAUGAAACCAGAAUGUGUAUAAAAUAUAAAGUUUUCUUUUCUAGUUUGUGUGUCCAAUAAGAUUUGUAUUAUAACCUUUUAUUUUAUCACACUGUAUACAUCUUUACAUUAAAUAUCAUUUUUUAUUGUU